UUUUUGGCACCCCACUGUACCUAUACUACCUACCUAGGUACAAGUAAACAGCAACAAGCCAUAAUAAGCGAGACAGCGGGGAGGCGGAAGAAAGGAGCCUUGUGGAUAUUGUGAACCACCGUUUCCCACAAAUCAGUUCCUUGCAAGGAAACACGCCUUCCUCAACUUGGAAAAAGAAUGAAAGAAUGAAAGAAAGCAAGAGAGAGACAAGAAGCCCCCCACAGGCAGCGGCGGUCGCUGUUUCUUUUUGCCCGAAUUUCCGUGUCCGCGGCUAUCUGUUCCCAAAACGUCCAAUGAAGGGCCGUGGGUUUCCCACCGGCGCCUCGCCACGGCGUCGGGUCGGUCAUGCUAAAACAAAUAAUUAAAAUAAUAAAACGCACAAACGCCAGCCGCAAACAGACAGACAGCUGUGGCCCUCGGCUAUCCUCCCCGUUCCAUCUGAAUAUCGCCGCCCUGUCUUGCCCAAAAACACCUGUCGCAAUGUCAGCUAAUAUCUGCCGAUGCCUGCCACAGCUGCCUACGGGUUUCCGUCGUCGUGGGUCGGCCUUCGAGUCUCGCUGGAUCCGGCCGUCUUUCUCUAAUCUCCCUCUUCGCCUCCAUGUCACUUCGCUACCCCCCUCCUCCUCUCUUUUCCAACGCCUCAGUAAGUGUCUGUCUCACAAUUGGCGCUGGGUGCGACAUCAAACCCGCCAAGCUGACAGCGGGGCAAGCAAAAAAAAAAAAAAAAAAAAAUCCCCGGCACAUUGCCGUCUCCCAGUGGGCCGAGACUCUUUCGUUCCCUCUCUCUCUCUCUCGCUCUCUCUCGUCUUUUCGGCUUGUGCCAUCUCUCUCCGCUCAAAGUCGGCAGUACAAAACCGCUGCCAUGGUCUAGAUCUAACUAUAACGAGUGGAAAAGUUCACCAACAUGGGCACCCCCAGCAGCAAAAAUCCAAUAUACCUACCUCAAUCUUGUUUGGGUGUGCAAGGAGACCCGGCGUCAAUCAUGAGAUGCCCUGGAGCGGCAAAGAGGUCCCCUGCAUUACGGGUCUACAAUACAGAUACGUUCGGGUUCGUGAUUUUGAUCAGGUAGUCCGUGAAGAGAGCAGCGAAGUUAUAUUCGUAUCCGGAUGGGCAAGGUGUAGAAUCAGCAGUAAGCUUGGUGCUCGGCAUCACAGUUCUGGGCACCAGUAAAAAAAGAAGAUCAUUGUCGUCAAAGGGACCGACCGACCGCAACACCGCCCGCCCAUCAGCACAUGCUCCCCCUCCCCAUUCCAGCCCACCCCGACACACGAAAGGACGCGGCAGAUAACGUCGCAUGCCUCAUCUCCAGCCCUUCCGGGCCUUCUGAAAC